AAAAAAAAAAGUCACAAACGCAAACACACACCAACACAACACACAUAUCUCUAUCUCUCUCCGAACGCGUGGGGUUUGGAGAGCGCUCUCUGCCUCCUUAAUGACAUUCCGUGUCUUCCGGCGACCAUGCCCGCCUCCUCAGCGCCGCCGGCUCACCGCCCUGAAGACCUAAUCGCCUUCCUGAGCUCCGCCGCAGACGACUCCAAGCUCAAAGCCCUAAGGGACCUCAAGAAUCAGAUCAUCGGCAAUCGCACCAAGAAGCUCUCCUUCAUCAAGCUCGGCGCCGUCCCCAUCGUCGUUUCCAUUCUCUCCUCCUCCGCCGAUGAGGCCGCCGUCGACCCCUCCACUUCUCUCCUCGUUCAGUCCGCUGCCGCCAUUGGAAGCUUCGCCUGCGGCCUUGAUGCCGGCGUCAAGGCCGUUCUCGACGCCGGAGCUUUUCCUCACCUCUUCAGUCUUCUCUCCCAUCCCAAUGAUAAGGUUGUGGACGCUGGCGCUCGUUCCCUUAAAAUGAUUUAUCAUUCGAAACUGGCUCCGAAGUAUGAUUUUCUUCAAGAGAAAAACAUGGAAUUUCUUCUUUCACUGUUGAAUAGUGAAAAUGAAAAUGUUACUGGACUUGGUGCAAGUAUCAUAGCACAUUCUUGUGAGACAAGUAUUGAGCAGAGCACAUUGACCGAUGCUGGGGUCUUAAAGAAGCUUGUUAGUCUUCUCGGAGGUUCUUUAUGCCAGAUACAUGGUAGCUUGGAGUCUUUAGCCACAAUUAUCAAGGGAAAUCCUGAAGUCAUCUCGAAGCAUUUGGGACCUGAAAGUGGAAGGGGAUUGAGUGCUGUAACUGAGUUAACAAAGGAUAGGUAUCCCAGGACAAGAUUACUAGCAUGCAUGUGCUUGAUUGCUAUAAACAACACUUCUCCUUGCUAUCUGCAAGUUGUAGGAACAAAAACCAAAUUAAUGUUCAUAUUACUUGAGCUUCUUGAUGGUCCUGGUGAAGUUGGAGAUGAAGCUGCUUUUGCUUUGUCUAGUUUAAUUUCAGAAAAGGAGGACCUACAAAAGUUAGCAUUUGAAGCAAAUGUUGUUGAUAAACUUUGCAACCACUUGCAGAAAGGUUCAUUACAAGCCAAGCGUAUUCAAGGAAUAUUGUUGGCAUUGGCUGAUCUGUGUUCGCAGUUGGAAAGCUGCAGGUCUAGGUUCCUAUCAUUGCAGAUUUUUGAAGUGGUUUCAAGGUAAGAUGAAUUUUCGUAAAUAGUUCAUUCGUUGGUAUUAACAUUCUACUAGGUAGAUUAAGUUGGGUGGCAAGUCAGUUGGGGUGUGCCAUUGAGUCUUUGCCAUUUAGUCCUAGAUCAGAAAGUUUUUUGGCCUUAGCGAUUGAGAGGAUUGGUAAGAGGUUGUAAGGUUGGAAAACGACUAUGCUAUCUAAAGGGGGUAUAGAUUUACUCUAGUUCAGUUUGUUUUAGCUAGUGUCCUAGAUUACUAUCUUUCUUUGUUUAGAAUUCUGGUUGGAGUGGCGAAUAAAAUUGAGAAUUUGUGGGAGGGAAGUGGUGAAGGGAGAAAAGAUCAUUUGGUUACUUGGGAGCUCGUCUUCUUUCCUAGGAAUAAAGGGGUGCUAGGGAUAAAUCAAGAGCUCUAUGGAGUUGUGCAAUUUGUGCAGUGUUGUUGUGGGUGUUAUGGCUUGAAAGGACCUCAAGAAUCUUUAAAGAUAAAUAAGAGGACGUGGUGGGUUUAUGGUAUAGGGUGUGUUAAAUCAGAUCGACGAUCACUUUUUGAGGAUGAUUGGAUGAAUUCCGCGGGGUUGUGUUUGAGAUCUUUUGCGUCAUAUAUGCAUCAGUUAUGCCUGUUUGUUUUGAUCUAUGGUCUUAAUUACACAACAAUUAUAUAGAUGUUGGUAACCAGAUUAGAUGGAAUAUGUAAAUCUCAAGCAUAAGGAGAACAUGUUAAAGGCUGAUCAAGAUGUAUUAGGACCCCUAAUUGGUGGGAAUAAGCUUUUAGGUUGCGUUUUGUAAAUAUGAUUUGAUAGUAUGAGUUGUAUUUUGAGUUUGUGAGUUUUGGAAUUAUGA